AUGCUGACUUCAUAUAGAAUUCUUCCAAGGAGAGUUCUUCUGAGUGGUGUCAAUAGAGCUAUUAUUCGUUACUACAGUCCCGAUAUUGGCGGUGCAAAUGUCGGCAAAGGAAGAUUCGUAAAGAUAAAGCCUGUCUCUAAUCUAAGGGCAUCCACAGCUGCUGACUUCUUCACAUCUCCAAACUCAAAAUUACAAUCGCUAGUGUGGAGAAACCCGUUACAGAAUGUCCUAGUCACCAAGAAGCCAUGGACCCCUACGACAAGAGAAGCCAUGGUCCAGUUCAUUACACAUCUGCAUGAGUCAUACCCCGAGAUUAACGUUAUAGUUCAACCUGAUGUUGCUGAAGAGAUUUCCCAGGAUUUCAAAGCCACUGUUCAUAAUGAUCCAAACAGACCGCAUCUACUAUUUACUGGUACAGAAGAAGAUAUAGCCACAAGAACAGAUUUAUUGGUUACACUAGGAGGUGACGGUACCAUUUUGCAUAGCGUUUCUAUGUUUGGUGAUAAGAUCGCACCUCCCGUACUUGCAUUUUCACUUGGUACAUUGGGGUUUCUACUACCAUUUGAUUUCAAAGAGCACGAGAAAGUGUUCUCUCAAGUGAUAAGUUCCAGAGCUAAAUGUCUCCACAGAACUAGAUUGCAAUGUCAUGUGGUGCGUAACGGUAAUAGCACGCCAAUUGUAGCACACGCUAUGAAUGAUAUAUUCUUACAUAGAGGUAACUCACCUCACCUAACUAAUCUUGACAUCUAUAUCGAUGGCGAGUAUUUGACAAGGACUACUGCCGAUGGUGUCACUUUGUCUACCCCAACGGGGUCUACUGCAUAUUCUUUAUCCGCUGGUGGCUCAAUCGUGUCGCCAUUAGUGCCAUCUAUAUUGCUAACUCCUAUCUGUCCACGUUCUCUAUCGUUUAGACCUUUAAUAUUACCACACUCAAGUUACAUAAAGAUAAAAGUGGAAUCAAAGAUGAACAUGAAUGUGGCUAAUCAUAUUGUCAAGCUAUCGAUUGAUGGUAUUCCACAGGAGGAUUUAGUUGCGGGUGAUGAGAUUCAUGUGAUUAAUGAAGUUGGAACUAUCUACAUUGAUGGGACUCAAUUCCCUAUUGCAGCUAAGAAACAAACAGCUGAUAAAGCCACUAUUACCGGCAAGACUCCAGAUAAAGACGUACAAAAGAGAUCCGGUAUAUACUGUGUUGCUAAAACAGAGAACGAUUGGAUCAAAGGUAUCAAUGAAUUGCUGGGAUUCAAUUCCAGUUUCAGGUUCAUCCAUAGAGGCAAGGACGACGAUGAAAAAAAAUGA